UUCCUUCCUUUCCCAGGCUGCCUUCUUAGCUCGCGCCCUCGCCAGGCGCCGUCGCCGUCGCUGGUCGAGUUCCUUGUGAUUCUUUAAAUCCAGAUAGCGAGAGGUUGGAGAGCGGGAGUGGUGGUAAUAUCAAUAGAGUAUGACGGGCAGGCGUACGGCGGAGGUGUUUAACAUGCCGAUGGCCAUGAUGUGCGGCCUCGAGACGGAGAAAGAGAUCUCGAGGGACGGCAGCCAUUACAGCAUCUUCAGCGGGAUUAUUCCCUCCCUCGGGGCCAGGAGUACCCGAAGGGUCAUGCUCCGGUGGUUCAUCGUUUCCCCUUAUGAUCGGCGAUACAGGGCAUGGGAGACUUUCUUGAUUGUUCUCGUUAUUUAUUCUGCUUGGGUUUCUCCAUUUGAAUUUGGAUUCCUUGGACAUGCAACGGGAGCCCUUGCCCUGGUGGACAACAUUGUCAAUGCAUUCUUUGCCAUAGACAUCAUUUUAACAUUCUUUGUAGCCUACCUUGAUCGAACUACUUAUUUGAUGGUGGAUGAUCCUAAGCUAAUAGCAUGGAAAUAUUUGACCACCUGGUUCGUUCUCGAUGUUGCUUCCACAAUCCCUUCUGAACUCGCACUAACAUUGCUGCCGCAUAAGCUCCGCUCUUAUGGAUUCUUCAACAUGCUUCGGCUUUGGCGUCUCAGGAGAGUCAGUGCACUAUUUGCUAGGCUAGAAAAAGAUAGGCACUUCAAUUAUUUUUGGGUCAGAUGUGCAAAACUUAUUUUUGUGACUCUAUCUGCUGUGCAUUGUGCUGGGUGCUUCUUUUACCUUAUUGCUUCAAGGUAUCACAAUCCAAGCAGAACUUGGAUUGGUUCUUCUAUGCAAGAUUUCCAUCAGCAAAGCUUGUUGAUUCGUUAUGUGACCUCUCUGUACUGGUCAAUCACCACUCUUACAACCGUUGGUUAUGGAGACUUGCAUGCUGUAAAUAUGGGAGAGAUGAUUUUCGACAUCUUUUAUAUGCUCUUUAACCUUGGACUAACAGCCUAUUUAAUAGGAAAUAUGACCAAUUUGGUAGUUCAUAGAACUAGCAGAACUAGAAGAUAUAGGGAUACAAUCCAAGUAGCCACGGGGUUUGCACAAAGAAACCAGCUUCCAGAACGCUUACAAGAACAAAUGAUCUCACAUCUCAGUUUGAAGUUCAGGACUGACUCAGAAGGCCUCCAACAGCAAGAGACACUGGAUGCUCUUCCCAAAGCCAUCAGAUCCAGCAUUACUCACUAUCUGUUUUACUCACUGGUUCAAAGUGUCUACUUGUUCCAUGGAGUAUCUAAUGACCUGCUAUUCCAACUGGUCUCUGAGAUGAAAGCUGAGUAUUAUCCUCCAAGGGAAGAUGUGAUCUUGCAGAAUGAAGCUCCUACAGACUUUUACAUACUAGUGACUGGAACAGCGGAGCUAAUAGACCAUAGGAAUGGAACAGACGAGAUUGUUCGGAUUGCACAGAAAGGAGAUCUCCUCGGAGAGAUUGGCGUUCUUUGUUAUAGACCACAAUUCUUGACAGUUCGAACAAGAUCAUUGUGCCAACUGUUGCGAUUAAACCGCACUACAUUCCUUAGUAUUGUUCAGUCAAAUGUUGGGGAUGGAACAAUCAUCAUCAGUAACCUGCUGCAGUACCUUAAAGACCAGAGGGAUAAUCCUUUGAUGGAAGGACUCUUAAAGGAGAUAGAAAACAUGCUGACCCGGGGUAGAUUGGACUUGCCCCUUACGCUCUGUUUUGCCAUACUCAGAGAAGACGACUUCUUGCUGCAUCAACUUCUAAGACGCGGUUUGGACCCAAAUGAAUCAGAUAACAAUGGACACACAGCACUGCAUAUAGCAGCUUCAAAAGGAAGCGAGCAUUGUGUUCGUCUCUUGCUAGAUUAUGAUGCAGAACCCAACAGCAAAGAUUCUGAGGGGAGCGUUCCCUUGUGGGAGGCCAUUCUCGGUAAGCACGAGCAAGUGGCAAAACUACUGAGCGAUCACGGCGCAGAGCUCUCGGCCGGCGACAUGGCCUACUUCGCCUGCACUGCCGCAGAACAGAGCAGCCCCGACCUCCUCGAAGCUUUCAUCCGCUACGGAGGAGACGUGAUGGCGGCGAAGAAGGAUGGCACCACGGCGCUCCACCGCGCCGUGUGUGACGGGAAUCUUGCCAUGGUCGAGUUCCUGCUCCGCCGCGGAGCCAACAUGGACGCCGCCGUCGACCAGGGAUGGACGCCCAGGAGCCUGGCGGAUCAGCAGGGCCACGACGAGAUCAAAGCUCUGUUCGAAUCCAUAAAGGGCUCCGACUCCUCCUCAGCGCCGCUGGUUCCGGCGCCCGUGAGGCGGUUCAGCAGCGAGCCCGUCAUGCCGCAGGCAGCGGAGGAGGAAUUCCAAUCCUCAUCGCGGGACCACGGGAGGGAGAAGGCGGAGAGCGCGAACGGGGCCCAUUUCCACAACUCGCUAUUUGGGGUCAUUUCAGCUGCCAACGUCGGAGCCCGGCGGCAUAAUAAGGGCGGCCUGCUCUCCCCGCUCGUCGGCGGCAUUCCAAGACCGUUACUCCCCGACGAAGGGGGCAGCAUGCGUAGCGCGUGCUUGCCUCCGCCGCGCGUGACCAUCAGCUGCCCAGAUCGCAGCGAAACGGUCAAGCGGAAGCUUGUGCUGCUGCCGAACUCGUUGCGGGAGCUGCUCGACGUAGGGUCGAAGACGUUUGGCUUCGAGGCGCGCAAAGUGCUGACGGAGGACGGCGCGGAGAUCGACGACGUGAGGCUGAUAAGAGACGGCGAUCGUCUGGUUCUCGCCGGCGAAGGCCAGACCAGGAUAGAAAACUAGCAGCGGGAUAAGCCAAUUAAGCCCAAAUACUGUCAUUUUAAUACAUGGACAAUAUUUUCAUCCUUCCAAACAACUGUUUGAGGCCGUUGAAGUUCAUAUAGCCUUUAUCCGUGCAUUUUUCUUCCUAUAGAAUCAUAUAUUUCAUGUAAUUAUUAUCAUAAUUCAUAAUUCAUAAUUCAUAAUUCAUAAUA